CUUCCACUUAUCCUACUACAGCAGUACUAGUCAGAGAAGAUCAGUCACUAGAGUGAAGAGAGAAAGAAGAAGAAGAAGCAAAAAUGUCUAAAUUGCCAGAAGAAGUUUUCCCACAGAAGGCAUUAGGAUUAGCAGCUAAAGAUAAUUCUGGUGUUCUCACACCCUUCAAAUUCUCAAGAAGGGAAACCGGAGACGAAGAUGUGACAUUUAAGGUGAUGUUCUGUGGAAUUUGUCAUUCUGAUCUACACAGCAUUAAGAACGAAUGGGGAUAUUCGUUUUUUCCUUUGGUUCCAGGACACGAGAUCGUGGGCAUAGUAAGUGAGGUUGGGCAUAAGGUAUCGAAAUUCAAGGUUGGAGACAGAGUGGGUGUUGGUUGUUUGGUUGGGUCCUGUCAAUCCUGUGAUAGCUGCUCAAAAGACGUUGAGAAUUAUUGCAACAAGCGGAUAUUAACCUAUAAUAGUGUUUAUCAUGAUGGAUCGGUAAAUUACGGAGGUUAUUCUGAUAUCAUGGUUGCUAAUGAGCGGUACGUGGUUAAAAUCCCAGAUAGCAUGCCACUAGAUGCAAGUGCACCACUGUUGUGUGUUGGUAUUACAGUGUACAGCCCAAUGAAAUACUUCGGACUUAGUGAGCCUGGUAUUCAUUUGGGUGUGGUUGGACUUGGUGGCCUUGGUCAUGUUGCUGUUAAGUUUGCAAAGGCUUUCGGGAUGAAGGUAACUGUGAUUAGCACUUCACCAGAUAAGGAGAAGGAAGCAAUUGAACAUCUUGGAGCAGAUGCAUUUGUGAAUAGUCGUAACCAAGAACAAUUGAUGGCUGUGAUGGGUACAUUGGAUGGUAUCCUCGACACAGUCUCCGUGCCUCAUUCUCUAUUACCGAUGCUUGGUUUGCUGAAAGCUGAUGGAAAACUUAUUAUGCUGGGUUUACCUGACAAGCCACUCGAAGUGCCUGUUUUCCCACUACUUUUCGGUAGGAAGACUGUUGCAGGGAGCAUCAUGGGAGGAAUGAAAGAAACGCAAGAGAUGAUUGAUUUUGCUGCAAAACACAACAUUACAGCAGAUAUUGAGGUUGUUGCAAUGGACUAUGUCAACACCGCAAUGGAACGUCUUGCUAAGGGUGAUGUUAGAUACAGAUUUGUCAUCGAUGUUGCCAACACCAUAUCAAAAAUUGCAUAGCCAAAUUGCAGCGUCUCAUCGUGAUCCGACCUUCUAGCUAUGUUUUCCUUUAUGAGAUUUUAUCUUAUUAGUUUUAAGUACCAAGCUAAGUACUACUAUUAUUUAUUGUGUGCGUAAAAGAUCCUUGUUGCUUUGAGUUUUAUGGAGGUCUAAUUUGCUAGUAAGUUAUAGCAAUUUUCGCCAAAUAAACAAUGUCUUGUUCAAUUUUCCCUCUAUAUGUUACCCCGUCAUUGAUUCA